AAUCUAGCGUGGUCUAGAGAUCUUGGCCCCCUGGACUAGGGUAUUAGGGGCUGUGCCACUGUGGCCUAGAGUUCUUGGGCACCUGGACUAUGGUUUGGUCAAUUUAUAGUCGAGGACAUAAUUAGACACUGGGAAUUCGCGAACCCCAGUUUGAGAAUCAUGUGUAUCGUUUUUAUUACUUACUAUCACCCACCCAAAGAACAUCUGUGGAAAAAAAUGAACGACAUCGAAUACCUCCUUCUCGCGGAAGUGUUGUUCCCAGACAUUACCCAAUUUUAUGGACUUAGCUUCAUCAACGUUGAGCGGUGACCUCUUGUGGGGCAAUCAUCCACCAGCCCCAGGUAUGAACACUCAACUGAGUAGUGCGGGGAUAUUUGUAAAUGGUUGUGGAGUAAACAGGAAACAUGAUCAUCAUUCCACUCCUCACUCUCACUGUCAUUCUGUUAACCUCAAUUUACUGGGUCAUCGCCAGGAGGCCUCGCGAAAAGAUCAUUAUGGUUGCCCACAAGACCCGGGAUGAAGUGAAGAACAUGAAGUGGGAGUCUGCUGGCAAAGUGACCAAGAUAAUAAUAUAUCCAGUCAAAUCCUGUAGUGGAACUGUCGUCAAGUCAGUCAAGGCUGAGCCACUGGGUAUAGUGGAUGGGACAGUUAGAGACAGGUCUUUUGUAGUUAGAACUGAGAAGGGAAGUAUGGUCACAGCUAACAUGAUACCAUCCUUGGUGCUGAUACAAUCCAGUAUUGAAGACAACAUUUUAACACUAAAGUUCCCUGGCGCAAAAGACCUGACAGUUGAUGUCACUCAGGUGAAGGAAAACAAUAAGGAAAUGACUUUAGAUAUUUGGGGUCAUCCAGGCUCAGGCUUAGACUGUGGUGAAGACUCAUCCCGAUGGCUUGAAACAAUUUUAGGAUGUAAAUGCUAUUUGCUCUAUCAUGGAGAUCUUCCAUCAAGCAGGAUGACAGAGGAGGAAGAUUGUCCUUUAAUGAGGAAUGAUGAUAAUCCCCUCUAUGCCAAUCUCACGAGCUACAUGCUGAUGACAACAGAAAGUAUUGCAGAUCUUCAGAGCAGACUGGAAUGCAAGGUAGACGAAGAUAACUUUCGACCAAACAUAUUAAUUGACGGAACUAAGGAACCUUACGAUGAAGAUGAUUGGGAGUACGUUAUGAUAGGUGAUGCUGUUUACCGAAAUGUCAAGCCGUGUGAGAGGUGCAUAUUGACUACCGUCGACCCCAAGACAGGCAAGAAAGAUCGCAACCAGGAACCUCUGCGCACUCUGAAGACGUAUCGCUGUCUAGGGAAGCCCAACGAGCCACACCUGGGCAUUCAUCUUGGGCUGGACCUGGCUGGAGUUAUGAGGGAAGGUGAUGAAGUUUUUGUUACAAGAUCAGCAAAGACCAAGAAACGUUAAACAGACGAUCACUGACUCACUCAAUAUAGUUUUGAAGGGCAUUAUUCUUAACCUAACCUAACCUAAAAAUACAGGAUCUGGGUCACUUACUGAAUACAGUGGAUGAACAUUGAAAUUCACUCAUCAGUAUAAUUUUGAAGGGCAUCAUUCCUAAUUGAGGUUCCACAUUGAAGAACAAGGCACAGUACCGUACUCCAGAGGUCGUCCAAGAUACAAACUCAGAAAAAAAUACGGUAUUUCUGAUAGCCUUCUCCACUUAAUAAGCACUGAUAACUUCUCAUCCUAAUACAGAGUUCCCUCCUCUUGGUUUUUCUAACCAUUUUCUUGUUUCCACACACCUUGUCUGACACUUUUUAGCAUUGUACCAUGGAACUGUUCCUGUUCUAUUUAACUACUCUCCCUUCUGACUCCUUUAUUUGUACCGAACCCACCUUGUUUUUUUUUUU